UGUUUAUGGCAUUAACACUAACCUUCGUUCCUUCCCGAAGCGGCGGGUCACCGCCGUCUCGCCCGAGUUUUCACUCGCCGAUCGCCCGUCGCUCGCCGCCCGCUGGAAAUUUUCACCUCUGCACCGGCAUCGAUGGAGGUCUUCGGCGGGAGGAGGUGGGACAAACCCUACGGAAGGAAAAAGCUGCUUCCCGGAGAGGAGGUCGAGGUGUUAUCUCUGGAGAAUGGGCUUGUAGGUUCUUGGCACACAGGGACUGUUAUCGCUUGCGAGGAACUCUCCCGACUCAUUGAGUUCAAAUAUUUCGUGACCGAAGAGGAAAAUACAAAUCUUCAAGAGACUGUCACUGUGUCACCUGUUAUAGAAGGCCAGGCUGCAAGAAACCCAGUGAACUAUCGAGGCCGGAUAAGGCCCUUGCCUCCUUAUUGCGAUCUCAAGAUUUCUGUGUUGAGGUUCGGGCUUUGUGUAGAUGCAUGGAUAGAUGAAGCUUGGUGGGAAGGUGUAGUGUUUGAUCAUCAAGAAGGUUCUGAAGUUAGGCUGAUAUUCUUCCCGGACCAGGGAGAUCAACAGAUGGUGACAGUCGAUCACCUACGUCUUACCCAAGAUUGGCGCGAACCAUCUGGCAACUGGGAAUCUCGUGGUGAGUGGUUGUUGCUUAAAGUUCUUCAACCGUUUGAAGGGGGAGGUGUGCUUCCAGUCUCAGUAAGACAAAUCUGGUAUGAUUUGAGUACUCUGGAUGCCUUUAGUGAAAGGAUUGGACUCUGGAUGUUGGGAUCUGAGUCAGUAUGGGACCAUCUAGUGACUGGGUUAAUCCAAGAUUUACUGUUAGUCGUUCAUGGAUUAUUAGAUGUUCCUUAUGACAAUGCUGAUGGUCCAGUGUCUACUGGAACUACAAAGAAGCAAAGAAAGAAAAAGGUCAAAGGUACAAGAAGCACAAAUUGCCAAGGCCCUUUCAAGCCUUUACUUGCUGGAGCUGGGUCCCCUCCAGAGGAGGCACUCGACAUGCAAAAUCUUCUUGUGUGUUCAUCUUCAAAUAAGAGGAAACGAACAAUAUCGUCUACCUAUUUUGAGUCUGAUAAUAACAAAGACGCAAAAAUAUCUAAUGAUAGGUGUCUAACCUACUCCAAACUGGCUGAUGAUUCACAUGAGCUUGACUCUGACAUAACGAAGCUUCAUUCUGCUGAGUUCUGUGAAGAUGAGCAACAGUCAGAUAAUUCUGUUUCAGGUAAAGAAAAUUUGAAGUUAAAUGUUUCAGUAAGUGUGCCUACCUGUAAGGAUGUAGAACCUGAGUACCACCCUGAUGCUAUUGUAAAUUACAAGCGAUACAUUGAAUCAUCCCGAGUUAAAGGCUGUCAGAGAACUGCCAACCAUGAUAUUGGGAUACUGGAACUAAAUGCUUGGAAACACCUCUUGUACAUGGGUUGGAAUUUUGGUGAAAGAAGAAGAAGAUCUAGAUAUUCUUCUCCUGAUGGUGAGGUCUUUUAUUCUCUUUAUACAGCUUGCCAGGCUUACCUGUGUAAAAAAGAAAAUUUGUGGAAAAUCGAUGCAGUUUAUUUAACAGAUUCAAAUGAUAGCCAAACUUCUUCUUUAUCAAAAGAUCUUUCAUGCUAUCAGAACUUGAAGAAAAGAAAGAGAUAUCUCACCGGCAAAGCUGAUGAACCAGACACUGGUAUGUUUCCAUCUGAUCAAAAGUCAAGUAAAAGUCACCAACAGAAAUGUCUCAGAGAACAGGAGGAAGGAACAGCUUUAUCACUUCUAAUUGACAAUCACAUUGUAUCAGAUAGGCAGAAGGUCCACUACAUUUGUGAAUGGGAUGGUGAGGUCAAGAAGGAGGGCUAUAUUACCCGCACUGGAAUUAAAUGCAAAUGUUGUAAAGAGCUGUAUACUGUUGUUGGAUUUGAGAUUCAUUCUAGCAGCAACAAAUGCAAACCUGGUGCCAGAACAUUUUUGCUUGAUGGUAUGUCUUUGCUACAGUGCAAAUCUCAGCUGGUGUAUGGUAAAGACCCUAUAAAGUUCUCCCAUCCAAGGUUGAAGCACGAUUCAACUGACAGCCAAAGCGAUGAUACAUGUUCUUUAUGUCAUGGAGGUGGUACUCUAAUUCUAUGUGAUGCCUGCCCAUCAACAUUCCAUGUUAGCUGUAUUGGAUUAGAGGAGGUGCCAGAGGGCAAGUGGUUUUGUUCGUGUUGCCUAUGUUGCAUAUGUGGCUCAAGUGAAUUUAAUUCUGCAGAAAUAAUUACACAGAAGACCAUCUUAUACUGUGAUCAAUGUCAAUCUGAAUAUCAUGUUGGGUGCUUGACAAAUCAAGGAAUUUCAGUAAGUGAUUGUGCUACUGGGAACUGGUUUUGCAGCUCAAAGUGUUCACAGAUAUUUCUUCAUCUUCGCAAUCUGGUUGGGAAGCCAAAUCUGACAACAAAACGAGCAUUAACAUGGACAAUUCUGCAUUUUGAAAGAGAGAAUGUUGCGCUUGAAAAUUGUGAUUUCGAAACUUUUCCUGGAUAUUGGAGCAAGCUCCAUGCUGCAUACAAGUUAUUGCAUGAAUGUUUUACUACGAUGAUUGAACCUCGUACCCAGAGUGAUCUUCUAUAUGAUAUUAUUAUGAAUAAAGAAUCUGAACUGAGAAGACUAAACUUUUGGGGAUUCUAUACGAUAAUUCUGGAGAACGGAGAUGACCUUGUCUCUGUGGCUACAUUCAGGGUUCACACUGAAAAGGUUGCCGAAUUGCCUUUUGUCGGUACCACCGAGAAAUAUCGUCGGCAAGGAAUGUGCCACAUUCUUGUGGAAGAAAUUGAAAAGUUACUUUCCGACAUGGGGGUCGAAAGGCUGUGCCUUCCUGCGGUGCUGAGUCUCGUCGAUACAUGGACGACGUCCUUUGGGUUCUCGAAAAUGACUGACUGCGAGAGACUACAACAUCUGCUCGACUACAGCCUUCUCACUUUUCCAGGGACCACUAUGUGCCAGAAGAUCCUCAGAGCCACUCCAUAAGUCUACCUCAAGGAACAAGCCACGUGGCAGCUGCUGGAAUAAUCCUCUUUAUGAUUAUUAUUAUUAUUAUUAUUUUUUGAUAAUCUAGAUGUAUGAGCUUUGCUCGAUUAAUUUUGUAGGUAGAUGACCGUCUCUUGGUUCGCUUACUGAUAAAUCCUUUUUAGCUUGUAUGCUUAUAUGUUGGGAAUUUUAAUAAUAGUUAAUAAUUUCUUAUUAUUUUCUAA